UGCAUCAAACCAGCACACAAGGUAGAUAUCGGGCCGAUAUGAUGCUGACACAUCCUCUUUACUAGGUUUACUAUGAACAAGAGCGACACAGUCCAACGACAUGAUGCAUGAGCAGACGGUGACUCUGACCAGCUCGGGGACAGCAGACUGGAGGGCCCCCUCCAACUGCACCGCGCCGUACGACCAGGACCGCGUGCCCCUGGUGGUGCUCUACAGCCUGGUGCUCAUUAUCGGGCUGCCCGCCAACAUGGCGACCAUCUACCUGACCUGGCUCCAGGUGCGCCGGAAGAAUGUGCUGGGCGUGUACCUGUGGAGCUUGUCCCUGUGUGACCUCAUGUACCUGGCCACUCUGCCCACGUGGGCCGUCUAUGUGAACGCAGGUCAUCAGUGGCCAUGGGGCUCAAUGGCCUGCAAGGUGACGGGCUACUUGUUCUUCACCAACAUGUACAUCAGCAUCUUCCUGCUCUGCUGCAUCUCCAGUGACCGCUACGUGGCGGUGGUUUACGCCAUGGAGUCCCGAGGCAUACGCCAACAGAGGCUGGCGGCGGUGGUCACCGUGACGAUCGUCAUGGUGGUAGCCGUGGGUCACGUGCCCGUGUUUACAAUGCCGGAAGGCAAUACAGACAAAGGGGAGAGGCGCUGUUUUGAGCCGGGUCAGAGCACUGCCAUGGUCACUGGUUUUAACUAUGCCCGCUUCGUCAUUGGCUUCUUGAUGCCGCUGGCAGUGCUGGUGUUCACCAACCGUGCCAUCCUGGCUAACGUGCAGGCCAGUACAGGACUACGGCCAUGCGAGAAGGAACGGGUGCGCUACCUAGCGGUGGCCGUGGUGGCGCUGUUCCUCGUCUGUUUUGCACCGUAUCAUAUUAUCCUUUUACUGCGGGCUGUCACCUACCACUUUCCUGAUCUGGGAGCUUGCCACUUUGAACAACGCAUCUACACGCCGUAUACCAUCUCUCUCGGUCUGUCCACCUUCAACAGUGCCAUUAACCCCAUCCUCUAUGUGCUGUCCAGUGACAACAUCCGUAAGGAGAUGAGUCGCGGCCUGGCAGGACUCAGGGGUCGCCGAGGAACCCUGCAGCCUCGCUCCACAGACAGCAUCCAGCACCAAAUGAAGAACUCAUUUAAGGUUGCUACCACCAACCCAGUGGGUGGUAGCUGAUGGAGGAGGUGAGGUUUGAUUUGAUUCUAUAUCUGAAUGCAGACUUUAUGAAAGAAGGGCGUCAAGUUUACCACUCUUGUGGUACUUUUCACAGAACAGUAGCAAUCUGAGACGAUACAAUGCAGCCUUGUAAAAUGUGUUCCACAGAAGCACGGUUGUAAAGUUUGCUUAGGUAAGAGAAGACUUUAUGGUGAUAUUGCCUGGGGUGUCCCAGUGGCUCACCUGGUACCUGGUAAGCAAGGCCUUACCGCAACGGCCGAGUACAAUUCCAGCCCGGACAAUUUACUGCAUGUUCUUCCCUCUCUCUCUCCCCUUUGCUGUCUCCCUAAUUACUGUCACUAUCCGUAUUAGAGAAGAAAUUCCACAAAUAUCUUUAAAAAAAGAAGUUAUUUAGCCAAAUUCCGUCUUUUAAGUUUUAACAGAGAGAUUGAUAAUUGUUAUUUGGAUCUAGAUUUCUUUUUUUGUUUUGCUAUUGACAUACAAGAUUGAGACAUGAAUGUGGGCAGCGUUUUUCGGAGUGUUCUCAGAUGCCAUUCACACCAGACAGUGGUGUGAAAGCCAGUCUAAUAUAGUCCAACUUGUUAAUACUUUAUUUGUACCUUGAAUUUUUGUUCCUAUUUAUUGUGCUUGUAAAGUGUUCUUGACAAUUUGAUUCAUCGUUUUUACUUAAUAAGACAUAAAUUAAGUUAUUUGGGUGUAUUCUGUCAUAGUGUAUCUGGUUUUUUAUUUAUGAAGAAAGACAGGAAAUAUAUUUGUAAAUGUUUGUCAUUGUGUUCUGUUUUUGCAUGUAAAAUGUGUGACAUUUCUAAUGAUCUUAUCAGCAUUGUGGAUGUAUUUCUGUGUCAGCAGCCUUCAACCUCAAAAUCAGGCUGCAAGUUUCAUAGAGAUACUUUAAGCAUGGGACGUUUCAAAGGAUUCAGCAGAUCUGAGGUUUAGAAUUGCCAGUUGAAAAAAAAACGUGUUAUUCACAGGAAGACCAUUUUCAAAACAUCUGUCUAGCUCUUCUUAAAGAUGCUGUAAAGUGGAUUUGAAAAUGAGUUUGAAGUUCAUCACACCACAGAAGAAUGUGUUGUUAACUAC